GAUAUUUAUGUUACUUUCCCUUUCCUCAGCUGUGAGAGCAGCAACAAACAAACGCAGAACUGCCCAAUCUUCAAGCUAACAUAAACACCAUGGAAGCCGUCCAAGUCAUAUCCACCACUACAAUCAAGGCACCACCGAGUCACAAUAACCAUGACUCAGUUCAGAAAAUCGAUUUAACUCCCUGGGAUCUUCAGUUCCUCCCAAUUGAAACCAUUCAGGAAGGCCUUCUUUUUCGCAACAAACACACAAAAAACCAAAUCGAGCACCUCCAACACUCCCUUUCAUCCACUCUCGCCUUCUUUCCACCCCUCGCAGGUCGUCUUGUCAUUCUCCAACACCACGACAACACUGUCUCGUCCCACAUCGUAUGCAACAACGCAGGAGCACUCUUUGUCCACGCCGUUGCAGACAACACCACUGUCGUUGAUAUUCUUCAACCCAAAUACGUUCCUCCCAUUGUUUGCUCCUUCUUUCCGCUCAACGGAGUUAAAAACCACGAAGGCACGUCACAGCCAGUGUUGGCAGUGCAAGUGACGGAGCUACUUGACGGCGUCUUCAUCGCCUUCACAAUCAACCACGUGGUUGCAGACGGCAAGUCAUUUUGGCAUUUCGUGAAUUCCUGGGCUGAAAUCUCACGCGGUAUCCCUAAAAUAUCAAAAAUCCCUUUUUUCGAACGUUUCUUUCCCGUUGGCAUUGACCGCGCCAUACGGUUUCCGUUCACAAAGGUGGAAGAAAAAGAAGAAGGAGAACACUCACAAAACCUUGAACCAAAAACUCUCUCUGAGAGGGUCUUCCAUUUCACCAAGCGAAAAAUCUCGGAACUGAAAUCAAAAGCCAACGCAGAGGCCAACACGGACAAAAUAUCUUCUCUGCAGGCGGUUUUAACUCUCCUUUGGCGCGCUGUGAGUCGUUGCAAACAUAUGGGGCCACAAGAAGAGGUUCAUUUUGUUCUUCUGAUUGGAGCUAGACCAAGGCUUAUUCCACCACUCGCAAAUGAUUAUUUCGGAAACGCAGCACUGGUUGGUCGUGCUACCAUGAAAGCAGAAGAACUAUUACAGGAGGGUGGAUUCGGAAUGGGUGCUUCGGAGAUAAACAAGGUGAUUUCUUCGCACUCUCAUGAGAAGGUGAGGAGCUACUACGAGUCUUGGGUGAGAACCCCAAGGCUUUUUGCGAUAGGUCGCCUCGCUAAUAGUAACUCAUUGGCCACUAGCGGUUCUCCAAGGUUCAACGUUUACGGCAAUGAUUUUGGGUGGGGAAAGCCCCUGACCGUAAGAAGUGGCGGCGCAAAUAAAAGUAGCGGAAAAAUUACUCUGUUUGGUGGCGCUGAAGAAGGUUCUAUGGACAUUGAAGUGUGCCUUCCUUAUGUGAUUCUCGAGGCAAUUGGAAAUGACUCUGAGCUCAUGGAUGCCAUUUCCAACUAGCAUGGUUUGGUUUAUCUAUAGUUGAUUUCAGAUUCAUGAUAUUAUAGUAUUGAGUAACGAAUAAUUAUGUAUGUCUUAGGCAAAGAUCAUGUGAUGUUGACUAGUAUUUUAAUGAAUGUUUAUUUUAUAUAACUAAAAUUUAUAAUUUAUAAUAAA